CGACAACCAGGCAGGAGGCCCGCAGGAAGGAGCGUCUAGAGUGAGCGAGAGAAGACUUUGAGGUGCUGGAUUCCCUCUGCGUUUGUGUAGAGGCAGAGAGCGAGUGCACAUUCUGCCCCCCAACCCACCGCUGGUUCUGCGUUCGGCGCCCUCAGAUCUCGAAUUCUGCACACAUCGUCGAGGUUGAGCAAGCAGCAAUAAGGGCGUCGUGAGUAUGGUUUGGUGAACUGAGAGGUCGAUGUGUUUAGUUUCGUCGAGGAAGUGACAAGAACGACAGAGGAGGUAGUGUGAGGAUUCGAGGGCGUGUUGAUGUGAUUUGAGGCGGACGGCAAAGAGGACAUACAGGAACGGGAAGGGAUUCACAAGAGGAGCGUGUGAUUGAAGGGUAGCGAGGAUGGCCACCGCGGGAACGAAUCAGAGGCAAGCGAAACUUGUGCUACUGGGUGAUAUGGGUGCCGGAAAGUCCAGUCUUGUAUUGCGUUUCACCAAAGGCCAGUUUUUUGACUAUCAGGAAUCCACCAUUGGAGCAGCAUUCUUGACACAAACCUUGUCAGUCAAUGACACGACUAUCAAGUUUGAAAUUUGGGACACUGCAGGCCAAGAGAGGUAUCACAGCCUAGCCCCAAUGUACUACCGAGGAGCUGCUGCCGCUAUUAUUGUGUAUGAUAUCACAAAUCCCGAUUCAUUUACUCGAGCUAAAAAGUGGGUUCAAGAGCUACAAAGUCAAGGAAGUUCAAGCUUGGUGAUGGCGCUUGCCGGGAACAAGGCUGAUUUAGAAGCGAAAAGGAGUACCAAACCUGAGGAAGCUCAAGCUUAUGCAGAGGAGAACGGGUUGUUUUUCAUGGAAACAUCAGCCAAGACAUCUCAAAAUGUGAUGGAACUCUUUUAUGAAAUUGCCAAGAGGUUGCCAAAACUUCAACCAGCCGCACAGCCUGCAGGCAUUUCGUUCUCAGAGCGCUCUGCACCACCGGCCUCCAAAUCAAGCAUGUGCUGCGUCUAGACUGCAAAGCUGCAAAUGGUUGGCCUCCUGAAGUACCAUGCGGUGUAUGUGUCUGAGUAGGAUUUCUUGUAUGUCAUUUCAGCCCGGAAUGGAUCUCACCGAGGAUAGCGAAGAACAGUCUUAGAGUUCCCACGCUCCCAGCUUCUGUAAUUAUUAAUUGAUUGUAAACCGCUAGAUGUCGGUACGGAAAUCAGCAGUUAUAUCCAACUCAAGUUGCGUUUCUAUCAUCGGCUGUAAUUAAUUUCAUUGAGAGCUAAAGCCGAUAUUGUUGCGAGGCUCUGCUGUAUACUUCGUCUAUCUUCAAUCCGGAGGAAGGUUUCUUGUUUCGGAGGUGAAGGAAAUGACCCUCGAAACAUCUUGUAAAAAAAUAAGUUUUUUGUCCAUCCUUAUAUUUGAAGUACGUUUGGGAGUUAUGAAAACUGUCUGGCCACGUUGCUGUGCCUUAAACUAA